CCCCCCCCCUCUCUCUCUCUCCUUCUUUCUCUCUCCCUCCCUCCCCCCACGUCCUUGCACGUGUCGCCCUGCCUGCCUGCCCGCCCAUCUCACAGCGCCGCUCAGCCAUGAGAACUUGCUACUACACCCUCCUGGAGGUGGAGAUUGACGCGGAUGAAAAGCAACUCCGCCGCGCGUAUCUUCGCCUUGCGGUCAAGUACCAUCCUGACAAGAACCUGGACGAUCCGGAAACCGCGCAGAAGCACUUCCUCCAGGUGAAGAAGGCCUACGACGUGCUGAGCGACCCGAAUGAGCGGGCCUGGUGCGUGCUGGCCGGGCCCCAGGUCGUAUGGGCCCCUGACGCCAACUGACCGCCAUCGUCUCCCGCCCCCCUCCUCCCCCCGGACACCGGCGCAGGUAUGACAAGAACCGCGAAGCCAUCCUCAUGGGCGACGACGACGAGGCCGAGGAGAUCGACCUCGAGCAGUACUUCCAGCCGACGGUCUUCCGUGGGUUCUCGGAUUCCGACGACUUUAGCUUCUACGUCGUUUACGGAGACCUCUUUGAGGAGCUGCGCCUGCAGGAGGAGGACGCCUUCUCCUGGGUGAAGAUGUCCAACCGGAGCGCCAGCUUCACCCUGGACCUGCCGCCCUUCGGGGACAGCGGCGCGGCCGAGGCCGACGUGCGGGCCUUCUACGCGGCGUGGAUGAACUUCUCCACCUACAAGUCCUUCACGCAUCUGGGCAUCGGGGUGGACAGCUUCCAGGACAUGCCGAACCGGUACACCCGGCGGUAUUAUGAGAAGGAGAACCGCCGACUGCGCGACGCCAAGAAGCGCGAAUACAGCACCACGGUCCGGAACCUCGUGGCACAUGUGGCCAAGCGCGACCGGCGUCUGAUUGCCUUCGACCAGGUCCGCCAGGCGGAGGAGGCCCGCCGCCGGGAGGAGUACAACCAGCGCAAGAAGCAGGAGCAGGAGGAGCGUGCGGCCAGCGCGGCCGAGCGCUUUUCCAAGCCGCCCUCCUGGCUGCUGGACCCGGCGUACCGGGAUCACCUGGACCCGGAGGACCUGUCGGAUGGGGAUGACUUUGACGAUGUGCUCUUCUGCCCGGCCUGCAACAAGACCUUCCGCUCGGAGAUGCAGCUGAAGAACCACAACCGGUCGCGCAAGCACCUGCAAAACAUGAAGCAGCUACAGGAGGAGAUGGCCAUGGAGGAUGCCAUGUACUUUGCGUCCAACGACCAGGCCAACAGCGAUGAGGACGUCGAGUAUGUCACCUCGGAUGAGGACGCCAUGUCGGCUGCCUCCUCGGAGGACGAGUUCGAGGAUGAUUCCGAGUCUGAAUCCCAGCCCGAGGGUGUUCCCCAGGGCGAAAGCGCUUCCGAGGAGGAUGAUGAUGAUGAUGAUGAUGAGUCAGAGCCCGGGUCAGAGUCCGAGUUGGAGCCUGGGUCGGCGUCAGAAUCCGAGUCCGAGUCCGAGUCCGAGUCCGAGUCUGAGUCCGAGUCCGAGUCCGAGUCCGAGUCCGAGUCCGAGGAUGAGGAUGAGGAUGGGUCGGAGAACGAGGGCCACCCCAGCCUCAUGGCCGGAUCGAGGGGCAAGCCCGGCCCCAAGUCUGCUGGGCUGUCCAGCCUGUCCGGCAUGCAGGCGGAGCUCCUGUCGCUGGAGGAAUCCCUGGCGUCCGGCCAGAAGCCCCGUGUUUCCAUCCUUGGCGAUGUGCUGGACUCGGACUCCGAUUCGGAUGAUGGUCGGAAUGCGCGGGGCGGCAGGCGCCGCCGCCCCAUCCACACCCGGCCAUGCGCGCCAACAUAG